AUGAGAUCGGAUUCUGAAUCCGAAAGCUCUCGUGAGCACGCUUCGCCAGCGGCGUCCGUGGCUGUUUCCCUUGCGUCCAUGGAUACUGAAGAGCACAACGAACUUUACGACCACAGACACUUGCCGGACUCGUUGCCUGUGCGUCAAAACUCGAGCAUCACUCAUCUAGCUGGGGCUCGGUCUCCCUCUUCGGAGGCCAGACAUGGUAUUAAGGUGUCGCCAAGCCCUGUACAUCCAGACAUCAGGUUCGACAAUGACUCUGACGACGACCCCCGUAUUGAAAACCCCCAUAUGAGACUUUCUGCCACCAACACGGGGAACGCUCGACCCUCCCGUAUAGCCCAUUCGAUGGCACAUCAAAGACAAUUGUACUCAGGACCUGGGUCCGCUCAGCAUUUGAACACGCCUCCACCACUACUUCCAAAGAAGUCUUCCAAGAGUUCUGGUCCUGAAGAAGCUGGUAACAUGAAGAAGAGCAAGACAAGAACCAACUCAGAUUCUUCAUCCACGAGACCCAUGCAUUUUCUCACCAAAACCGUGUCAGCACGAUCCAAUCAAAGCGAAAACAUCAGAGAGCAAGCUAUGAGACGCAGGCUCUCUAGGGUAUCAAUCGAAAGUGACAACUCUCACGCUUCAAGAGAAUCACAAGAAACAGAAGAAGAUGUGUGUUUUCCCAUGGAAAGGCUAGAGCACUUGAGAAUUAAUGGUAUUGAUUUCGACGAGCUCGAAGAAUUCGCCAUCCAAUCGCGAGAAGAAAGCUUUAACGGUGGUGUGAAUAAUAUGCCUGUGGAACCGAUCAAUAUCAAUCAGCACACUCUUAAUAAGGAAGGGUCAUCCUCCUCAACUGCAACCACCACUUCCACAGCUGCUUUGAAGUAUACUCCCAAAUCCUCAUCCCCGGAAGUGAAAAAGGUCACUACUCAAAAUCAGGAGUCGGUAGCUCCAACUCACGAAGGUAUCUUUUUCGGUAACAACAAGGUUGAAAAUGAUGAAUCAGAAAACCUAAGAGCCUCAAAUACAUACAACAUGGAAAACUACGUGGUGCCAGACAGAUUUUCUUUCUUUCGAUCUGAUUCUGACGAAACAAUUCAUGGCCCAGAUAUUGCCUCGCUUGUCGCACCUGGCGGGACAUUUAGGGAGCUUUUUAAGGAUGGCUCACCCACAUGGUGGCUAGAUUGUGUUUGUCCUACUGACGAAGAGAUGCGUUGUAUUUCAAAAGCUUUCGGUUUGCAUCCUUUGACGGCUGAAGAUAUCAGGAUGCAAGAGACCCGUGAAAAAGUGGAGCUUUUUAAAACCUACUACUUUGUUUGUUUCCACACCUUCGAAGGUGAUCCAGAAUCCGAAGAUUUCCUCGAGCCUAUCAAUGUUUACAUCGUAAUUUUCAAGGAGGGUGUUCUGACUUUCCAUUUUGGACCCGUGUACCACUGUUCUAAUGUAAGAAGACGUGUGAGACAACUGCGGGAUUACGUGGAUGUGAGCUCUGAUUGGUUAUGUUAUGCUCUCAUCGAUGACAUUACCGAUAGCUUCGCACCUGUCAUCCAAGCCAUUGAAUAUGAAGCCGACGUUAUUGAGGACUCAGUCUUCAUGGCUCGUGAUAUGGACUUUUCUGCAAUGCUGCAGAGAAUAGGAGAAAGCAGAAGAAAGACAAUGACAUUAAUGAGGCUGUUGAGCGGGAAGGCCGAUGUGAUCAAGAUGUUUGCUAAGAGGUGUCAAGAUGAACUAAACGGGAUAGGUCCUGCCCUGACGUCCCAGGUGAACAUCGCCAAUUUACAGCAAUCGCAACCAGAGAAAUACUUUCAGAGGCAAAACGUGCCCAAUAUUUAUCCGCCCACUGCUCAACCAAGAGCAGAUAUCGCUUUGUAUUUGGGCGAUAUUCAGGACCACGUCGUCACUAUGUUCCAAAAUUUACUUUCCUACGAGAAGAUUUUCUCGCGGUCGCAUGCUAAUUACCUGGCCCAACUGCAGGUAGAAUCGUUCAAUUCUAAUAACAAAGUUACUGAGAUGUUAGGUAAGGUCACUCUCAUUGGUACCAUAUUGAUUCCACUUAAUAUCAUUACCGGGUUGUUCGGAAUGAACGUUCCAGUACCUGGUCAGGUAGACGGAGGUGGACUGGGAUGGUGGUUUGGUAUAAUGGGGGUGAUGGUAUUUGUUGCGUUGAGUUUUGCUUUGAUAGCUCACCUAUGGCUCAGCAGGAUAUCAGCACCCGCUACACUGAAUGAAGCAUCUGAAAGUGGUACGCGGUCAAUAAUGAACACUUUGCGGUCUGGCAGAGCCAGAUCUGCUAAACCAGACUCAUACAGGAAAGGAGGCGCCAAUCGGUCAAUGUCUAGUUUUCAAAGAUAA